AUGAAGCUGCUUAGCCUCCCUCUCCUCACAGUGACCAUUCUUCUCUGCUGCAACAUGGCUCAGGCUAUAUUCUGGAGGAAGAAGGCUUUAUCCAAACCUGGCUUUUGCCCAGAGUUUCAUCUUCCCUGCCCUUUUGUCCUCGUGCCCAAAUGCUGGCGUGAUAGAGGCUGCAGUGGCUCCCUAAAGUGUUGCUUCUACUACUGUCAGAUGCGCUGUGUGGUUCCAUGGGACAGUUCGGAUUAG